AGCCAAGCCCUUUUUCAGUUAUAGUAAAUGAAUAGAAAGCAAAACCUUCUUGUCACUUUUCUUUCAGAGAGCCUUGAACUAGUUUGUUGAAGCAGACAUGGAGAGCGACUCUGAAACACACAGUGGUGAAGAUACUACUCCAGAUGACUGGAUGGAAUUGGCUGAUGACAGUCCUGAUGGAAGUCCUGCUUACAUUCCGGCCGACACUCCAGGUGCCAGUCCAGCCAACAGUCCUGCUGCCACACAGAAACCCUCAGAAAAAGAGGAUUUUAAACUGUCCCUAAUCACCUGGAACGUGGACGGGAUUAAUGGGGAAAAACGUCCAGAGCGUGCCAGAGGCCUGGUUAAAUAUUUAAACUUAUACAAACCUGAUGUGGUGUUCCUGCAGGAGCUCAUUCCCCCUUAUGUCCACUUCUUGAAGAAACGGUUUGCGAGCUACCUGAUGAUUAAAGGUGCUGAGGAAGGUUACUUCACAGGGAUGUUGCUGAAAAAGUCACGAGUCACAUUUGUGGAGAGUGAGAUAGUACCUUAUCGCACAACUCAGAUGAUGAGGAACCUGCUUGUUGCUCAGGUGAUCGUCGACGGCCAGAAGCUGUGCCUGAUGACAUCUCACUUUGAGAGCUUUAAGGCAUGUUCUAAAGAGCGUAUGAAUCAGCUGCAUGUGGUGAAGUGGAGGUUUAAACAUGCACCUGAUGAUGUCACCGUUGUGUUUGGGGGAGACACAAACCUGAGGGACGCGGAGGUACCCAAGGUGGGCCUGCCUGCAACUGUCUGUGAUGUAUGGGAGCAACUGGGCAAGCAGGAGCACUGCCGCUACACGUGGGACACCACUACUAACACCAAUCAGAAUAUCUCUACACCUGCUCGCUUCCGCUUUGACAGAAUCUACCUCCGCCCGGCUAUCAAACAUGGAGUCCCACGUCUGGCCCCUAAUCACAUGGCCUUGGUGGGGCUGGAGAAGCUGGACUGUGGACGCUACACUAGUGAUCACUGGGGAAUCUACUGCACCUUCUCAGCUGAAUAGAACUACACAAAACAACCAAAAACAUGACAGUUAAGCAUUUUAUUUUAGAUCAGCUGCUCUUUAAACCACUGUAACUCUAUGCAGGAAGAUAUUCUUAUUGCCUGUAAAUGAUUUAUCUUAAUUUAAUCAGUUCAAUUUAAUUUAUUCCUCUAAUGUGUGUUUGCUUAAGUGUUUUAUGUGGUUAAAAUGGCCAAUUAAAAUAUGAAAACCACCAAUAAAUUAUGUCUGCUUUGUUUUGAUAUAAAUUUGUAUUGACCGAUAACAAGAUCCAUUAGCAGAAGUCUGACAGCUCUUCAGCUUUUAACGUUGUUACAUGAUCUUCCUCAGUGGAUGGAGUUGGGACUGAAAAACACCACACACAGCAUGAGAAACCCUACUGUGAUGUCACUCUGUGUGUAAUACACACAUCCGGCCACUAGAGGGCAGUACACAGUUGAGUAGCAACUGUUCAAGCAGUGAGUUUUUUUUUAUACACUUACGACUGAAGCUCUUGAUUAGCAAGACUAGGAAGACGGCCCAUGUUUUCGAAGAAGGUGAACUGCUCACAUCAGAAAACAUCAGACAAUCUGCAGUUAACUUAAUCUUCCAGAUCAUUUUCAGGAAGAGCAGACACGGAUAUAAAAAUGGGUUGACCUGAUCUGUUCAUGUGAGGAGUUGUCAUGAAAUGCAGGACGAUAGGACAGACAGACUUGACAAAGCAAUAAAACAAAACAAAACAAAACAUAUAUUGCCUUUAUUGUUGCUAAUGCAAAUCCAGAAUAUAAAAUACCAAUGUCCACAAACACAAAGAAGAAAUCAGGAGGGAAGGCUCUAGGGUUUAAACACAGCCAAACUGAGGUUACAUACACAGACAGAAGGCAAGUGGAAACAUCAGGGUAACAAGACAUAAAGACUAUACGAAAAGCCAUCAAAGCACAAAAGAUCAGUGACCACCAGAAAAAAACACAGCAGUUGGUGUAACAGGCACUCACAGAGACAAAGAUUUGACAAAGAGAGGGUACAAGGGAUGAAAUGUGUGUCAUUAAAAACACCCUGAAAAAACAUUAAAACUGA